AUGGGGAAGAACAAGAAGAAGAAGAAUACACAGGAAAGGCCAAAAACAGAAGAGCCCAAGUUUGAAAAUGGCUUCAAGAAGGAGUCCGAAGCUGAAGUAAGUCGUUUUGAUACUACUAUAAUAUCACGUGUUAUCAUUUUUACAAAUCAAAUGUUGAUCUAUUCCGUUCUGCAAAUUAGGAGCAAGACAAACACAAAAAAGUUCUUGCCGAACUCGACAGACGUCGCAAACAAAUCGAAGAAGCCGUGAAGCCGAUUCAGAAGGAGGUACCGUACCCGCGGAUAACGUUCUACCCCUUUGCUUACGCCCUGUCCGAGCAAUUCCUGGACAAAGCCUGCUGGUAUUGUUUACAGCAGCUCACUCCCCAAUUAAGGUAAUAUCCUUUCAGCCCCAUUAACCUCCCUAAUCCGCUGUUUUCAGUCCUUGUCCUAAUUGCAAAGUUGCUGUCUUUUGUUCCCAAAAGUGCAGCGACUUGGCCAACAAAGAUCACGAGCCAGAAUGCAGAGGGUUCCAGAAGCGGAAAGAGUCACAGUCCAUUGAGGUACGGCUGCUGGGAAGGAUCGCAUCGAGGUAUCAUGUAUGUUACAGUAUUUUAAGCUUAUAAUAGUACUGCUUCUUACCAAUUUUCCAGAACAAAUCUGUAUAAGUCUAUUGCUCGAUUACCAAUCAUUCCUAUAACAAUAUUGUAGAAGAUAAAGCGAGGAGAAGACAAGACGGAUGACUUCUACCUCGGCAGAACCUCGAAACGGUCGGUGAUGGAGAUCUGGGCUCACGAGGAAGAGUUCGCCGAACACCAAGAUUACACAACUCAAUUCAUGGGUAAUAUCAAGCUCGUUUAAUGUCAACUGUUUAGAUAUAUACGACAAACUGGUCCUGUUCUACGACAAAAAAGACCUUCCUUCCAAGAAGGAUGUAUUCAAAUUACAUUGCCGCGACUUUAUCAACCGACAUGCUAUCUGCGACAAAAACUACGAAAAUGUAAGCAUAGACAGAGUACUGUAGGUAAUACAAACUGUUUUACACUUGAUUAUAUGUAACUAGAAUGGUGCUUUCAGGAGAUUGGUAAAGGUUUAUACCUAGAUCUAUGUGCAUAUGACCACAGUUGUCGACCUGAUACCGUAUUCUUCUCGGACGGCUUCAAGUCAGUACUAGUAGGACUAAACAAGGUCAAAGACAUUUCUGACUCGAACAAGAGCUUCUAUUCCUACAUUGAUCUGUUAGGGUAGGUCACAGCUAUAGCAUCAUAUUGUUGUACUAUAAGUUAUCGUCUUGGUAUUAUAUUACUAUAGUACUAAUAGUAAAAUACUGGUAGUAAAGUCAUCCCUGACACUACAUUAGAGUAAGUUGUCAUUUGGUUAUCUUAUUGUAGAACUCUGGAACAACGCCGGAAGCAAUUAAAAGAUACUUGGUUCUUCGAGUGUAAUUGCGAGCGAUGUACCGACCCCAAGGACCACGUACUCACUGCAAUUAAGUGCCAGUACUGUGCAAAUGUGAGUUCCGUAUGAUUGUAAUUGGCUACAACUUCCUGAUAACUGUUGGCAGACUAAUUUAGAGUAACUACAAUGUAAAGAGCUUCCUAAACAAUAUCUAAAUUUAAGCAUAAUUCAGAAGUAAUGCAUGAGUAGUGAUAAAAAAACAUUCCGUCAACUCCUUGAGUAUGUGAAUAUACCAAUCACUUUAAUUCAGCCUUUAAACAGUAAUUUACAGAAGGAUGUUGACACCACCCUGAUAGUCCAAGGUACUCUGUUGCCAAGAAAGGACGGCAAACUUUGCUGUCCUACUUGUAAUGUUAUGCAAGAGCCCUUCCACAUAAUGGAGUGCAACUACACCAUUAGAGACAUUGGUAUCUUCCUAGACAACAUGGAUCAGAUACCCAAACAUGAGCUGACCGCCCAUUUCGAGUUGUUCAAACAGAAAAGUAUCUACUGUCUGCCAAAGACUAACGUUUACCGAGCUAGGUUAAUAUUAGUAUGUCAUGUUUGUUUUGAACAACAUAAUAUCUUUUUUAAUUAUCGCGUUGAUAUAGAAGUAAUUACAACCAUUCUUGAGAGGGAAAUUACAAACUCCAAGCAAUUCUUGACCCUUUUUAGCCGUACUACACAAAAUACAUAAAAUAUGUAAGUUACAGUAACCUAUGUUAUUCCAGCAAUAUGUAAGCCGAAUCUCCACCAACGACGACGAGAAGGCCCUGUUGAUGGCGUCGGUCGAAGACUGCCUGAGGCACUGUUUCCCCCAAAACCAUCCCGGUCUGGCCUAUUACCUACGCGAUGUAGCCAUUUAUUGCAAAGAGUAAGUACUGUUCGGAAUGUGAAGUAUAUCACCUCAGACUAAAUAUACAGUUCAUUAUUAUGCACACAUUAGGAAUAUUAACCAUGAAGAGGAAGAAAGAACAUAACAAAAACAAAACUUCAGAGCCGGCUUUUACAAAGACAGCAUCAGAUACUACACGGAAGCCCUCAAGUACUUGGAGCGGGUGUUCGUGGAGCAUACGUUAAUUAACGAGAUAAGAGAUCUAUUGCCCGGCCUUCAAAAGCGGAUAGUUAUGGUAAACAAGGGAAAGUAAAUAAAGCAUCUGAUUGUAGGAGGAGCAGAAGGGCAGGGCCAAGGUCUUGAGCAAGUUCGACUUGAAGAACGAGGAUUAUGACGAGGAGAUGCCCGAGCUGGUGCCAGUCAAGGCCUCGAAUGGCAGCAGCAAGGAACGGGCACUGCAUCGCCGUGUUCACCGUGCCGCCACCCCGUUGCCAUCGGAGGAACCCGUAGAGAACAGUUGA